AAUAUUUUUAUUCUAACUUCUAAGUGAUAACUAUUUAAUAUGUGAUAAAUUGAUAAUAUCUGUAUUCUGUGAUAACAUUGUGAUAAGGUGCACGCAUGCGCAUAUUUACCUUGGAACUAGCUGCGGUGAUCCGCUCGUUCAAUCUCGGAAGUUGCUGAUAAGUUUCUUAUCUAUAAUCGUGGUACCUAUAAUAGUUAAGUGUUGAUUUUUUUCAUUCUUAUUUACACUAAACUGCAACUUUAGCGUAGUUUAUUACUAUCACAACAAAAUUAUUCUUCGUGAAAUGUUUAGUUUUUGAACACCAACUGUAUUUGCUUACAAUGUUUACUUAAAAUAAUAUCUUUAAAUAUAUUUGAAAUAAUAUUAUUAUUUUUUAAUUAUGAUUUAUGACAUUAAAUUAUAAUGAUCUAAUGGUAUUAAGUUAAAAAGAUUUAAAAAAUCGAUCGAAAACAUUGAGUUUAUAGCGGUAAUUGGGUGCACGGAAUUUAUUAAAAUAAUAAUACAAGUAAAAAACCAGAAUUUUAAAAUGGAAAAAAUUUCUCUAUUUGAGUCUUUUAAUAUCAAUACUAAAAACAAACAAAUAAACGAAAUUGAUUAUAACAAUGUUAUGGAUUUAUUGAAUGAAUUAUCUGAACUUGAUCCAAAAUGUUUGUCAGCAGAUGAUUAUGAAAAAUUAAUUAAAUAUUUGCCUUUAUCGCUUAAUAUUCAUGGCAAUCAAGUUGUAGCUGCUGGGUGUAAUGUAAUAGCUUCAUUAUGCUCAGAUGACUUAGCGAGACAUUAUUUUGGAGAAAAAAUAACUGUGUCUACUGUAAAUAUAUUAAAAUCACUUACGAGUCGUAUUAAUAAAGAUAAAUAUAUUCAAGAAUGUUUGCUUCAGACAUGUCGUGCAGUUGGGAAUCUUUGUUAUUACCAUGAGGAAAAUACUAAAUGUGCAUUAAAGGAAGGAUGUCUUUCAAUUACUAUGGAAGUUUUGAAAACAAACAUUAAUGAAAACAUUCAACCUGUUGUCAUUGGAUUAUUACUAAAUUUGACUCAUUUAAAUGACUACAAUUACAAGUUUCAGGAUAACAUGAUUGAAGAAUUAAAUUUUUAUGGAAUUCAAUACAUGGAAUAUAAGAAUAAUAACUAUAGAUUUUAUAUAAACUUGGUAUCAGUAAUGAUCAAUAUUGUUAGAAAGUCCUCAAGUAACACUACAAUAACAGAUUAUGAAAAAUGUUAUUUUAUUGAUCGUUUAUUGCAAACAUAUAAUAUGCAAAUGAAUGUUACUUCCAUUUGUAUUAAAUUCAUUAAACAAGUCUCUAAAACUUAUAAUGUUUAUAAUUGGAUAUUAAAAGAAAAAUAUAAAAUAUUAAUAGAAGUAUUGGAUACAUAUGAAGAAAACCAAGAAGAAGAUCCAAAACGUAUUGUUAAAAAAAUAUGUGACAUCAUAAUAUUAAUUUCCAAUGAUGAUGGUUCUAUGGAAAAAAAUAAACAACUUGAUGUUUUAUAUUUAGUAGAAUGGCUACUUAAAAAACUGAAUUCUAAUAAUUUAUAUGUUAAGUUGUCUGCUGUAAGGUCGUUAGCAAAUUUUAGUAGAUAUAAAUAUGAACCAAAUCAUACAACCAUAAGUCCUGCAAAAACUGUUAUGAAACAUAUAACAUGGUUUAUAAAUACUUUAGAUAAAUCAAUCAAGGAUAACAAUUCACUGAUGGAAAUAUCUAUACUUUGUUUGUUCAAAAAUCUUUUAUAUGUUACAAGUUUUGAGUCUAUGGAUGAGAAUCAUACAGAUAAAUUGAUCAAAACCACUAUUGAUGUUUUAAAACACACAACAUUUAAUUCAAUAGUAAUGAAAGGCAUGGAUGUAAUAAGAUGCAUCAUAAAAAAAGGUGGCAUAAGUCAAAAUCAACUUGUUUUAUACAAAAAUUCAACCUUUAUCAAAUUAGUAACUACACAUUGUAAUAGUAUUGAUGAAGACAUUCAAAUUUUAGCAAAAAAAUUACUUUAUUCAAUUAAUGAGGAUUUAAAUGAAUCUGAAAUUGUUGGAUCAAAUACAGUGGAAGAUAAUGUACAAAUUAAAGAAAAAAUGUGAACACCACUAAUUGUUAUAUUAUGCAAUUAUUAUUUAUUUGACGAAAAACCAAAUGUAAUAAGAAAAAAAAAUUGGUACUAGUCUUGUAUGUCACACAAAGUAUUUACCAAACAUUAUUCUAUUUUCUAACUAACUUAAUUUAAUCUUUAUUUUUUUGUUACACUUAUUGAUAAUCGUAUAUAUAUUUUGGAAUAACUAAUCAAAUUAAAUAUUUUCGUUUCCACCUAAAUCUUCUACACAAAUUUCUACAUUCUAAAAACGCCCGUUUUUUAAAAACCGGUUUGGAACUUUUAAUUCAUGUGUAUCAUGCUAGUAAGUACAUUGUACUCGUGUACAAUGUUAUAAAUGUAACAACCAACAUAAUGUCCUUACCAUUUUUAUCACACAAAAUUUGGAAGACCAGGUUUGUGCAAGGUGAUUUUUUAAGCAUGCUCACUCAUUUUUUCCUUUAAAUGUACAUUUAUUCAAAUUCUGAUUUUUAGAAUUUUUAAGUGUACCUUAAGUCCAUAUUUUCAAAUUCCUGAUAUUCUUCAUGAUCGUUUUACAUUGAUGUGUGUUUUCACUCUGGUGUUGGGCCCAUUGAAUACACAUGAGAUCUCAAAUUUCAAGUAUAAUAAACUAUUAAUUAAAAGAAAAUAUAGUUGACAAAUUAAAAUAAAAGGAGUGUUGUAAUUGGUCGGUAACUUUGUCUUCCAUAAAAAUUAUUAAGUUAUUGGUUUUACCGUAAAAAUAUCCCAUACUAGUCUCAGUUAUUAAUUAUGAUGCAGACAUUGGGGUCCAUUUUUUUUUCCAAUGUAGCUAAAUUGUUGUUCAAGAUAUCAAAAUAAUAUUAUAAUAGAAUAAUUUUAAAAAUAAUACUUACUAUAAUCAAAAUAAGCAUGGAUAAAAAAAAUGAAUAAUAUUUUGGAAGAUAACUUUUUGCCCUGUGUUUCAUAUUAUAAGACAAGUAUGAAUUUUUGUUUAUUUUAAAUAUAAGUUAAAAUUAAGUGUUACAUUUAUUUAGUAGUUGGCACCAAGCAAUGUAAUACCAUCGAUAAUGGUAAUAGCUAAUUUAUAUUUUGUACUAUUUAUUAUUUAAGAAUAUAUUGUACAUUGAUUUGUA